UCAAUCGUCUUCCUUUUCCAGUUCCCCUUCCAAAGCACACUGCAAUGGCCGCGCAAGCCAUCUCCCUCUCGCUCCCCACGCCGCCAACCCACCACCACCACGCCCCACCACACCAUGCGAGACCUCCGCCUCCGCCGCUCCAGCACGCCCGCGCUCCGCCCCCUCACCUCCACAAAGCCAGCUCCCUCUCCGAGGCGCUGCGAGGCGUGGAUUCCUUCCGCGACGGGCGGCUCCUGGUCUCCCUUCUGCGACAGUGCGCCGAGCUCCUCCACGGCGACCAGGACGCCGAAUGCGUCUCCGUGGUCCGGCGGCUCGCGCCGCAACUGCACUCGCUGGCCGUCCGUGCGGACCGAGCGCGGGACCCGCACGUCGCUUGCGCGCUCGUCGAUCUCCUCGCGCGGCUUGGUCGGGGGGCGUCGAGCCGCCGGCUGCUCGAGGAGGCGUCGGAUGCGGAGGACGGAAAGGACGCGGUGCUGUGGAACAAGCACGUCGCCAUGCUGGCCGAGGCGGAGGAGUGGGGCGAGGCGAUCGACGUGUUCGGGGAGAUGCAGGCGCGCGGGGUGCCCGCCGACGGGUACGCGUGCGCGCGGGUGCUCCACGCGUGCGGCCGCGCGGGGGCGCUGCGCCAGGGGAGGGCCGUGCACGCGCACGCCGUCAAGGCGGGGCACGUCGACGCACACACGCUCGUGCCCGGGUUCCUCGCCGGCAUGUACGCCGAGAACGUGGACGUGGCCGCGGCCACGCGGGUGCUCGAGACGACGGAGGCCGCGGCGGUCGCGUGGAACGCGGUGCUCGCGUGCUGCGCGCGGCUCGGGCUCGUCGACGACGCGCUGGAGCUCGCGGAGCGCAUGGCUAGAUCGGGGCCAGAGCCCAGCUUGGCGACAUGGAACACCGUGCUGUCCGGCUGCUCGCGGCACGGGCGGGACCGGGAAGCAUUUGGCGUUGUCCGGAGCAUCCUGGAGCAAGGGCUGCUGCCGGACUCCAGCACUAUGUCGAGCCUUCUCAAGUCUGUGGCCAACUUGGGGCAGCUUGCACACGGCAUGGAAGCCCAUUGCUUCUUUCUGAGGCACCAGCUCGAGGCGGACGUGUACACUGGGACGGCUUUUGUUGACAUGUACGCCAAGUGUGGCCGCCUUGAUUACGCCAAGAAGGUGUUCGAUGCGCUGGAGCUUAGAAACAUGACCACAUGGAACUCGCUGGUUGCAGGCUACGCAAACGCCGGUCAGUUUGACAAUUCGCUGAAGCUUGUGGAAGAGAUGAAGAUGAAUAGGCUUGAUCCAGAUAUAACCACUUGGAACAGCCUGAUCACCGGUUACUCAAUGAACGGGCUGAGUUCGCAGGCUGUGCUGCUGCUCCGGCAGGUCAAGGCAAUCGGUUUGACUCCCAAUGUGGUUUCUUGGACUUCACUGAUCUCGGGGAGCUGCAAUAAUGGGGACUAUGAAGAUUCGUUCUACUUCUUCAAUGAGAUGCAGAAGGACGAUGUCCAGCCCAGUUUAGUUACCAUGUCGGUCUUGCUGCGGGCUUGUGCAGGACUUGCUCUGCUAAAGAAAGGCAAGGAGCUGCACAGUUUUGCACUGAGAAGAGCCUAUGAUUAUGAUAUGGUUGUUAGAACAGCACUAAUUGACAUGUACUCAAAGGCAGGAAGCUUAACAAGUGCAAAGCGGAUAUUUGAAAGGAUUCAGAAGAAUAAUUUGGUGUCUUGCAAUGCGAUGUUGACUGGGCUGGCGGUCCAUGGGCAUGGCCGUGAGGCAAUAGAGCUGUUCCACGACAUGUGUAAUUCGGGAUUGAAGCCAGACAGUAUAACCUUCACUGCACUGCUUACUGCUUGCAGAUCAAUGGAGUUGAUUACUGAAGGGUGGGAGUAUUUUGAUAGCAUGGAAAGCAGAUAUGGUGUGACACCUACAGUCGAGAACUAUGCCUGCAUGGUCGACCUGUUGUCAAGGUGCGGUUACCUGGAUGAAGCAAUGGACUUCAUUAAGAAGUCACCAUUCAAGUCAGCAGCAAGCUUAUGGGGAGCCCUUCUAACAGGUUGCACAGUACAUGGAAAUCUUGCUCUUGCUGAAGUGGCUGCAAGAAAAUUGUUCAAACUAGAGCCAUACAAUUCAGCCAACUACUUGCAGAUGGUGAGCUUGUAUGAACAAGAACAGAUGUUUGAUGAAGCUGAGAGCCUCAAGUAUGUAAUGAAAGCAAGAUCACUGAAUACUCGGCCUGGAUGGAGCUGGAUACAGAUUGAACAAAGUAUCCAUGUAUUUGAAGUUGAGGGGAAGCCACAUCCAGAUACUGCAGAGAUAUAUGAAGAGCUGAUUCGUUUGGUUUUUCAGAUCAGAAAGGCAGGAUAUGUGCCAGACACCAGCUGCAUAGUAUAUAACGUACCAGAAGAAGAAAAGGAGAAGCUACUGCUUAGCCAUACUGAGAAGCUAGCUAUCACUUAUGGGUUAAUCCAUUCAGAUACAAGCCAGGCACCCAUCAGGGUGAUCAAGAACACCAGGAUGUGCAAUGACUGCCACGAGGUGGCCAAGCAUAUCUCUGCUAUAUGUGACCGGGAGAUUAUUCUUCGAGAUGCCGAUAGGUUUCAUCAUUUUACGGGUGGAAAAUGCUCUUGCAAUGACUGCUGGUGAAUAUUGAAUGGCAUGUCAUGUAAAACGGUGGAUAUCCCCUGUUAAUAGCAGUUUUAAGAAGUAAUUCCAUUCAAUCAGGCCUGACGGCUGAAUUGCAGGAGAGCUUUCCAAGAAACAAAGGACUGAGAGUCCCUGUGAACAAGGAAAAUUUAUAUGCCUAAGCGGCGGAACUGAGAGUAACAACAUUCACUUGGGAGAAGCUGAUCUAAGUUGUACAGAAACCUGUCUCAGAUGUACUAGCUAGCUCUGUACAUGGCGAUGGUUGCACAUCAAGUGCACCACCACUGACAUCUCGGCAUUUCCAUGGCCCGAUAGAUGCACUGCCAUAGAGCUUUACAUUUGAGAGGCAUAUGCGACUGAAAACUGAGUUCCUGAUGCCCCUUA